AUGGAUGAUUCAGCAAAACCAGGAGCUUCUGUGGUGACUUACCCUCUUCUAGGCUUUGAUGGUGACUGUGGUUCAGGACAGAUUGAAUACGCAGGAGGAGGUGUCGCGCCACCUGCUACACUGGCAGAGUUCACGCUCAACGGUUCAGGUGGUUUAUAUUUCUACCAUGUGAGUUUAGUCGAUGGUUACAACCUUCAGAUGUUGGUGGUUCCUAAAGGUGGGUCUGUUGGUACUGGGAUAUUUCAAGAUAUUCUUAAUGGAACUUUGGAUGAUUUGCAAGAUAUUCUUGGUGAAGAAAGUAGACCAGUUGGUAGUAUAGGUGCAUGUAGCUCUCGAAAAACUGAUUAUGGACUACUUGAUGGAGCUAAUGGAGUUACUGAAGAUGAUGAUAUCUAUAGUGGAUCGUAUGAUUUUGAAUAA